AUGUCUUUCUUUCUUUCUAUUUUUCUUUCGUUCUUUCUUUCUUUCUGUCCGUCUUUCUUUCUUUCUUUCUUUAUUUAUUUAUUUCUGUUAUCUCUUCGUCUGUAUUUUUAUUUUAAUUAUGCAUCUUUUUUCUUCUUUUCCUUUCAUUCUUUUUCUUCUUUCUUUCUUUCUUUCUUUCUUUCUUUCUUUCUUUCUUUCUUUCUUUAUUUCUUUCAUUUUAUCUCGCCAUUUGUCUUUGCUUCUGUCUUUCCCGUAGGGCAUCCUGUAAUUAUUCACCUGUUUUCUUUCUUUCUUUCUUUCUUUCUUUCUUUCUUUCUUUCUUUCUUUCUUUCUUUCUGUUUCUCUCGGUGUCCACCCUCUUUAUUUUUGAUUUGCCUUCGUAAUAUUCUUUUCAUUCUCGCUUUCUCUCUCUCUCUCUUUAUUUUUCCUCUCUCUUCUUUCCUUUUUCUUUCUGUAUCUGUCUGUACGUUUCUCUAUCUGUCAGUAUUUCUUUCUGACAGUCUUUUUCUUGUGGGUAAUUUUCUUUGA